AUGAAUAGCAAUGAAGAACUGGUGGUGGAGGCACCAACUCAAUUAACAUUAGAUGCGAACCUGCAGUUUAAAAGGCAAGCCAGCGAAGUUAGUCAGAAAAAACUGGUUAUAAAUAGGGAAAGGUGUAUUGAUCCUACGUUAAUAGAUUCCUUUUUAAGUGCAUUGAGGCAUGGUAGUGACGAUGUUAUAAGGCAAAAGAUAAAUAAUUAUGUGAAGGAUAGUACCACGCUACCGUCACGAAUAGAUAAAUGUAACGAAUUUGUGAAAGAUGAAUUGUACCCAAACUGGAAAUUAAGAAAGGAAGUGAUAAAUUUCUGUGAAUUGCAAGCUACCAAGAUGCAAAAAGAACUUGAGACACAUUCAGAUCGUCGUAAUACAACCUUAGUUGAUGCAAGAAUCGAUCCAUAUGCUGAGAGGGAUUUGAGAGAACAAGAGGAAAUGAAGUAUAUGGAGAUCAAUAAGAUUAGAAACUGGGUGAAAAAUAAUGUAGAAAUUGAAAAUAUACUGCAUUAUAAUAGCGAUAGAAUAUUGAAGACGACUUGUGAUCAAAAUGAAGAAUACUUAAAUAAGUUUUUUAAGAGUUGUAAAUAA